UCAAAAUUUUUUUUUUAUUGUGUUGGUAUACAUGCCCCUAAAGUAUGAUAACGUUUUCAGCUAUAAUCACUGUUUAUUUUGUCUGUGGUAGUCGCUAAGGUACGACGUGUUUUUAUGUGCUCGGCGAUUUUUGCUCGUUUAAACAAUGGAAGAAUUGAAGAGUCAAAGGAUUUGUAUUAAAUUUUGCGUAAAAAAUGAAAUAAAGUGUAACAAAGUGUGUGAAAUGUUACAAAAAGCCUAUGGUCAGUCUGUUAUGAAAAAAACAAGUGUUUACGAGUGGUAUAAGCGUUUCCAAGAUGGCCGCGAAGACGUUGAAGAUGACGAAUCACAAUUAGAGAAGUUGCUGAUGAAGUUGGCAUAUCGAUUGGUUCAUGUCAUAACAUUUUUUCAAAUGUUUUGGGCAUGA